AUGGCGGGCUACAAAGCAGAUGAUGAUUACGAUUACCUUUUCAAGGUGGUUCUGAUCGGUGAUUCGGGCGUUGGAAAGUCCAAUCUGCUCUCUCGUUUCACCAGGAACGAGUUUAGCCUCGAGUCUAAGUCCACGAUCGGCGUCGAGUUCGCGACUCGUAGCUUGAAUGUUAAGGACAAAAUCAUCAAAGCCCAGAUUUGGGACACUGCUGGUCAAGAAAGGUACCGUGCGAUCACUAGUGCAUAUUACCGAGGAGCUGUAGGGGCGCUUCUUGUCUACGACGUAACACGACACUCCACGUUCCAGAACGUUGAGAGAUGGCUUAGGGAACUCCGUGACCAUACCGACCCAAACAUAGUUGUGAUGCUCUUGGGAAAUAAAUCCGAUCUUCGUCAUCUUAUAGCGGUACAAACCGAGGAUGCUAAAUCUUUUGCGGAGAAUGAAUCACUCUAUUUCAUGGAGACUUCAGCACUUGAAGCUACCAACGUUGAGAACGCUUUCUCUGAAGUACUUACUCAGAUUCAUCAAGUUGUAAGCAAGAAAGCCAUGGAGGCUGGUGAUGAUUCAAACUCUGGUAAUGUUUUCAAAGGAGAGAAGAUUGAUCUUGAUGUCUCUGCUGUGAAGAAAACUGGUUGCUGUUCCAACUAAAGACUCGUGAUCUCUCUUGCAUAUUGAGGGGUUUGGUAUGUGUCGUGUCCUCAAGCUAAGAUUGUUUUCUUUUUUCUUACAGUCGAAAUUCUUUUGAAGAUGUUUGCUUAACUUUUAGAAGACAAUCUAAGUUAUGCUUUGC